AUGUCAUUAUUUUAGAGAAUCACAGUAACACAAAAAGGAAAGGAACUAUAAGAAUAGCUAAAAGAAUAAAACAGACAACCUUAAAAAAUAGUACAAGUCAAAGAAAAUUAAGGUAAAUUAAUUGUAUAAAUAGAUAGAUAGUUUAGCUCAUUUUUUUGAUAAAGAGCUUAAAGCAUAAGAUUAACUUGAUAAUUAUGCAUCUUUAAUAUAAAAUAGAUUGAAGUCUCCAGAAUAAAUUAUUGAAUUUCUUGAAACCAAAUUUUAGAAACAACCUUUAUUUGUUUAAAAGGAAAUGCAAAAAGUUGGAUAAAGAAUAUAUCAUUAUGGAAAUAGAGAUAUUCAUUCAUAAGUUGUUUUGCCUUAAUUAGAUUUUAGAUAAAAAUAAUAUAUGAAAAAUAAAUAUGCAAAUUACAGUGAAAAUCUAUCAUCUAGAUAAUCAAGUACAAAAAUAUAAUUAAGUAUUAGGACAUAGAGUUGAAGAAGGAUUGACAAAAAAAAUUAAUUUUAUGUUAUUUUAAGAAGGAAAGUUAGAAAGAAUGAUUACAAAAUAUGAAAAAUUUAAUGAAAAAGCUAAAUUAAUACCUUAAUAUCGGAAAGAUGAUAAGAAAGGAGAAGAUUUUAUGAAAUAGUUACUUUAAAGAAUGGAUGCUGGACAAUAAACAAGAGUGGAAUCUCUUUAAGAAAUAAAAUAAUAGCAUAAAGCAGAAUUAAGUCUACUUGAAUAUCAAAAUCUAUAAAAAGAAAGACUAAGAUAAACUAUGUCAGAUUUACAUAAAUCAAAAUAUGGUAAAUAUUGGAAUAAAUUAAAAUUGUCAUCCAGAACAGAUAAAUGA